CAUCUGACUGACUGUGCAGCCGUGACGGCACAGUUACCACUAUAUAAUAGAUAAUAAGCUAUAAUAAUGGAGACCAUAUACAAUGUACUGGGCCUGGACUGGAUCGACAGCUGGAGUGUUUUGAUAUUUCUGUGUGUUUUUCUGCUGUUGGCUGAUGUUUUGAAGAACAGAGCCCCAGCAAAUUUUCCUCCUGGACCGUGGGCUAUUCCUUUUCUUGGUGACCUUCCUCGCUUCAAUCCCAACAGACUUCACCUGCAGUUCUCAGAGUUUGCAGAGAAAUAUGGAAAUGUUUUCAACCUUCGCCUCUUUGGUGCAAGGAUUGUGAUUGUAAAUGGCCAUAAACUGGUGAGAGAAGCCCUGAUCCAGAAACGAGAUGACUACAUAGAUCGUCCCAGUAUACCACUUUUUGAUGAAUUCAUUGGGAAUAACGGUCUUGUGCUAUCAAAUGGUAAUCCAUGGAAGCAGCAGAGGAGAUUUGCUCUUUAUACUCUCAGAAACUUUGGUUUGGGAAAGAAAGGCCUGGAGCCCACCAUCCAGCAGGAGUGCCAGUAUCUCACUGAGGCUUUUGCAGUUCAGAAAGGAAAGCCCUUUGAUGCCCAGUUACUGAUAAAAAAAGCUGUGUCCAACAUUAUUGGCUAUUUGGUGUUUGGGGAACGAUUUGAGUACAAUGACAAGCAGUUCCAGUCUAUCCUUCUGAAUUUCAAUGAGAUACUGGCCUCACAGGGAGAUUUAUCUGUACAGCUUUACAACACAUGGCCCAGGCUCAUGAGGUGGCUGCCUGGAUCUCACAAGAAGAUAUUUACUGAGGUUCAGAAGAUUAUUGACUUUAUCAAAAUCAAGAUCAAAGAACACAGAGAAAACCUCGACCCGUCAUCACCAAGAGACUACAUCGAUGCCUUCCUUAUAAAAAUGGGAGAGAAAGAAGACAAAGAUUCUGGCUUUGAUUCAGACAAUUUGGGUUUUUGCACCCUGGACCUGUUCGGUGCUGGAACUCAAACUACUACCACUACUUUACACUGGGGACUGCUAUACAUGAUCUACUACCCUCACAUACAAGAGAGAGUCCAGGCUGAGAUAGAUACUGUGGUUGGUUCAUCCAGACAGCCCUCUCUGAGUGACAGAGAAAAAAUGCCUUAUACUGAUGCAGUCAUCCAUGAGAUCCAGAGAAUGGGGAACAUCCUCCCCCUCAAUAUCUUCCACAUGGCGAACAAGGACACCACAAUCAAUGAAUACACAAUCCCAAAGGGCACCAUUGUUAUGCCCAUUCUGCACUCAGUCCUACAUGAUGAGUCGAUGUGGGAAACCCCACACUCCUUCAACCCUCAACACUUUCUGGACGAGGAUGGUAAAUUUAGGAAGAGAGAGGCUUUCCUUCCCUUUUCAGCAGGUAAACGUGUGUGUCUUGGGGAGCAGCUGGCCAGGAUGGAGUUGUUCCUCUUCUUUACCUCCCUCCUUCAGAGGUUUUCCUUCUCUGCACCUGCUGGAGAGCAGCCCAGUCUGGAGUUCAAGUUGGGAGCCACUCGCUUUCCCAAACCUUACCGCCUUUGUGCCGAGCCACGAUAAAACACCAACUGUUCCAAGCUGAGCCAUGUCUGUCUCUCAACACAAAGAAUCACUGUGUUCAACUGCAAAUAAUUUGGAAGUAGUUUUGUUCUCAAUCAUUGAGCCCUCUCAAUAAACCUUUGCAUAGGCCUAUAAUUAAAGUAAACUACGAUAUUCAAAUAUGCAAUAAAAGCUUUAAAAAGUUUGAAUUUUAAAAAUCAAAGGGAACUAUAUUCCUACUUUGCUUUCCACUGCACAUUGUAUUUGUCAGUUUUUCCAAAACUUAAUUUGCUUGUGUGUAAAUAAAUUAGACUGAUACGUAGCUUAUGCUUCUCACUCAGACCCCUAUGUUUUCACAUGGUGGUUUCAGUCUGAGGUUUGGCAGCUGAGAAAAACAUUUAGAGAAUACCAAGCUGCCAGGCUGAGUGGUGUUUAUCAGUUUGACGAUGUGUGAUACCUGCUGUCAUUAGGAAUUUAAGUUUGCAUUAAACUGGGUAAUUCAGCUGGCUUCCAUGAUGUAUGAAGAUUGUGUUCCAGAAAAUGUCAGUAAACAAUUUCACCUGUAUUUGAAGACUUUCACAAUAUUUGUUGUCUCCCUGCAUCAAGCACCAACUUCUGUCACUUUAAAAAAUAAAAA